AUGGUCAAACUUGAAACAGAACUCGUUACCAAUGACUUGAUUGUGGAUGUGAUCAAAUCGGAACAACAGCUGAAAAGAAUACGAGAUAGUGCUUUCCCAGCAAGUCCAGGCUACCCUACCCUUGAUGGACUGGAUAGCACCAUCAAUACACCGCGAACAUGUGUCUUUAGCGACGAAGACAAUACAAGAAGUUAUAAAAUCAGAGAGUUCAGCAAUUUCAACGUCUCCCUCAACGAUAUGUGGAAGCUCCCGCCGAUUGGUUCAUCGCUAGCCUCGCCGUCCUCACUUCAGAUUGGCAAGAGCGCACCAGUGGGUCUUUCCUUUCAAACGGAUGGCAAGCUGGAUUCCUCGAAUCAAUUUGGGAUGUUUUUACCGUAUGCUUCUCCCGUCGACUCGGAAUCGGAGGAGUGGGCUCACAGUCGGAUGUCUUCCGGAUACUCCAUUGAAACCGAUCUUACCAUUGAAUUAUGGCACAGGGGCUUUUAA